AUGAUGAAUCAUGAAAGUUUAACGCAAAAAGUGGUUGUGGGCAUUAGACAAAUACCAUAUUCACCAAAUCAUUUACAAGUAGGUGUUAAUCCAAAUAAAGUUUUUUUUAAGUGGCCAUUAGAUCGUAAUUCCAAGUUCCAUGAACUAAAUAUUCUAAAAUCUAAUCGUGAUCAAUUAACACGGAUUAAUUUCACAAAUUCAAAUUAUUUUGUUUAUGAACACAGUUUAGAUCAAGAUAGUCUAUAUUAUUGGAAUGUUAUUUACUAUGACUCAACAAAUGUAACAAUUAAACGAUCUAGUCCGUUUUGGGAAUUCAAAACGAAGUCCUUAGCUGAUUUAGCACUUCUUAAUGUACAACCACCACCAACUGCUGUAGAAACCGAUACUAAUAUUCUUAUUAGUUGGACAGUCAAAAAUGUUGGAAAUGCAACAACAUCAAGAUCAUCGUGGCAUGAUGGAAUUUACGGUUCAUCUGAUGAUGAGUUUAGUAGUCAAAAACAAUUAUUAGGAAUUGUUCAACAGCAUCGAUUUCUAGAACCAAAAGGGCAGUAUAGUGCAGAAUUCAGUUUGAAAUUAGAUGAACGCUAUAUAGCUAAAGCGUAUUAUAUUUUUGUAAAGGUUGAUGACAAGCAGACGUUGGAAGAUUCUGACUACUCAAAUAACUUUUUUUCACAAGGAAAAGUAAUAGAAGUAAAACAAAUUCCCCUGCCAAAUUUAAUUCCUGCUGUUGUUAUAUUAAAUCCAGAUAUUGGUACAGCUGGAGAAGAAUUAGAAAUACAAAUAAAUAUCAACAAUAGAGGCGAAGGUUACACUAAAAUCAAUAGUGUAUGGACUGAUUUAGUCGAAUUAUAUUUAAUUACCGAUCAAACAAAUUUUAGAAAGAUUUUUCAAUUUUCUGUGAACAGAAAUGGAUUUUUCAACACAUCCUAUAUCAUAAAAAAUAAAAUUACUUUACCACUAAGAUAUUUUGGAAAUGCAAGUUUACUCGUUACUGCAAAUAAAUACGAUACACUUUAUGAAUCAAGUUUGACUGAUAAUACACUUUCAAAACCUUUUAUCAUUACACCACCUCUUACAGCAGAACUAAAAAUUAUAGAUUAUACAAAAAGCAUGAAUGUUAAAACAGGAGAAGUUCUUAAUGUUAUGUAUGAAGUGAAAAACAAUGGUGAUGCAGAUACAAAUGAAAAUAGAUGGUUUGAUUACAUCAGAAUAAUUUCUACAAAAGAUAACAAAGAAGUGCUAUCCAAGAAACUAGGUGUUUCAGGUGAGUGUGUGUUUCGUAAAUUUGUUUUUAUUUUUUAAACUAUAUGAUAUGGCCAGCUAAUGGUCACCUACAAAUCAAAAGGUUCGUCUAUAAAACCAAGGAAAACUGAAUGAACUAUUUGAAAGAGCUCGGUCGAUAGUAUACAAAACUGAUGUCGAACUUGUUCAAAAACGUCCUGUAGAGGCUGUGACCAGCGCCAUUUUUAUUUGAUCAUUAACAGAGUAAAAAUUAGCAGCAAUUCACUUUAAACCCCUUCUCAGAAUAAAAGACCUCCCUACAAUAGAAGACCAUCCCUGAUUAAAAGACCAGCCUAAAGCUUAUGGCGUAAAAGCCAUAAUAGUAGACUACCUUUAUUAUGAGAUCACUACUGUUUUGAGUAAGUGUGCAUUAAAUAAGUGUAAAUGAAAUUAUAACCCUUAUUGUAUUCUAUUCACCUUUUUUUAUCUUUUUCUGUCCUUAAGUUAGCCAAGGCGAAUUUAAAAUCUGCCUGAAUAUUAAUAUAACGUGUAACAUAUGCAUAUAUCGAACGUUUUCAGCUUUGACGAAGACUGAAAAAUGGUGUUUGGUUUUGUACGAGAUAUUAGUGUAUCAUUCCUUAAUACAGAAAGCUUUCCUUCAUCAAAUGAAGUGAGAAAUAUUCUGUUCUAUAUAACACGCAUGCUUGGCAGGCUAAAAGGCCUAUUCACAUUUUUAUGUCGAAACUAUAUAUUUAUAUGAGACAUUUAUCACUUUAUUCUUCUAGAUUGAUUAAUUUUGCAUUUAGUACACUUCUCUCUCACACGAUAUAAUUUUCGCUAUAAUCGAAAUAUUUUUGUUUAUAAUUGGUGGAAUUUUUAUUAAGAAAAGUACAACUAAAGUAGCGGUUUUAAUCAUUUAUAAUUCCCAAUGUUUCGAUUUAUUAAAAAGUCAUUGUCAAAGAUAUACAGAAAACAAAAGAUUUUUGUUUAAACUGACUGGUAUAAUUUAUAUUUAUAUACUGUACGAUUUUCUCUCUUCAAGUAUUUUUCUUUUUACUAUCUAACCUUUCUUUUCUAGAAAAUAAAAUAAAAUAGAAAGAAAAGAAUUUGUUACACAAUUCUGUUCGUCUGUAUUUGUAUUUCGAGUGUUUGACUACACAGAUCGACAUUCUGUAUCAUACUCUGUCCUGAGUCUGGACUCUUGACGACUCUGUUCAGAGUCUGAAUUCUGACAACUCUGACCAGGAUCUGGACUCUUACUGACUCUCUUCUGACUCUUGUUUGUUCUGUAAGAAUCACAAGACAAAAAAAGGAGCACACAAUAUGCAUUCAUUCAAAGCCAUAGUUUAGAAGUGAUUGAGAGAGCGCAGGUUCUUUUUCACGUCGAGUGUUUUGAUGCCAGUGUUUUAGAAAAUCGUCGGAGGGGUGAAGAGUGUUACUAAACAAAGAAAAGAGCAGUGCAGACCUGUUUAAAAGAGAGUUUCUUACUACUGAGUUCUUUUAAAAACUUGUUUUAGCAUUAUAAAACGUCAGUUAUUUGUUUUAGAGGAAAACUUAUUUUGAUAUGCGGGCUGGCGUCGAAAUGCAUCCACUGGUGAUACUGAUGCAAUGAAAAAUACUUUUGUUCGAACGGAAUUCAUUGGAUGAAUAUUUGAAAUUAGACAGAAAAUUAAAUAUCAUUUCACAUUCCAUUUUCAUUUUUUUCGAACUUACUAUCGUUAUCGAGGUAUUCCCAAAUUUGCUUUUUAGGUGUCGUUAACUUAUGGCGAUAUACACAUGUGCCAACAUGCAGAUAGUGAAUAUCUCGAUAAAUAUAGUAAGUUUGAAAAAAACUGAAAAUGGGAAGUGAAAUGAUAUUUAAUUUUCUCUGUAUUUCAAAUAUUCAUGCAAUGAAUUUCGUUCGAACAAAAGUAUUUUUUAUUGCAUCAGUAUCACCAGAGUGGAUGCACUUCGCCGCCAGUCCGCAUACCAUUUUGCAGGUUAAGUUGUCCGUUAUCUCUACUGUUUCAAUAUUUUUUUGAAUUAAAAUAUUUUCGUUUUUGCGUUUAUUUUUAUCAUGUAAAACAAAAAUUUGUGGGUUAUUGCACUGGGUAAAAGCAAAUAAAACGUACAAACGGUGAUUCAUAUCGUGUCAAGAGUUUGUACAGACUUUCAAGAUUUUCUCUGUAAGACACUGACCUGAGUUCAAGAGUAUUGAAACUCUGUCCUGAUUCGGUACCAAGCCUCUUGCCAAGAGUGUCAAGACUGGAAACUCUUGCUAAGAGUCUUGAAAUGAUAUAUAUAAAGGCCAGACUCUGAACAGAGUCGUCAAGAGUUCAGAUUCAGGACAGAGUAUGAUACAGAAUGUUGAUCUGUGUAUACUAGAACUGCGACAAAUAGCGAUUUUCUUUUCUUUUCUUUUUUCUUUUCUAUUUUCUUUUCUUAUUCACGUUAUAUAUUGUGUGUGCUCACGUUGCAAUGUACGGUACACAUAUAUAACAUACAUUAAGACUGUUGUCUGUGUAGAGUGAUAUCACGUUUCUUUCUUUUCCUUAGUGU